AUGGAUGAAUCAGAAGAUGAAUUCAUUGACAGAUUAAACUCAGAAGAUGAAGCAUCUGGUGUUGCAAAUAGAACAAGACGUAAAGCUGUAAAAGCCACUGAAAUCCAAGGUGCAAAUGGUGGUUAUUCUUGGGAAGAUGAAUAUCAAAGAAGUUGGGAUAUAGUUAAAGAAGAUGAAGCUGGUAGUAUAGCAGGUAUUGUUUCUGGAUUAUUACAACAUCAAAAAAAGAGAAUUAUUAAAAAUGUGACACCUUUCCAAAGAGGUAUUAUUAGAAAUUUAAUUUUAAUAUUGGAUUUAAGUUCUUCAAUGCUUGAAAAAGAUUUAAGACCAAAUAGACAUUCUAUUACUAUAACAAAUGCUAUUCAAUUCGUUACGGAAUUCUUUGAUCAAAAUCCUAUUUCUCAAUUGGGGAUAAUUAUAAUGAGAAACGGUAUUGGUCAAUUAGUAAGUCAAGUUGGUGGUAAUCCACAAGAACAUAUUGAUGCAUUAAAAUCUAUAAAAAAAUUAGAACCAAAGGGAGAUCCAUCAUUGCAAAAUGCCUUAGAAAUGUCCAGAGGACUGCUGAUGCAUGUUGCUUCACAUUGUACUAGAGAAGUAUUAAUAAUUUAUGGUUCAUUAUUAUCUUUAGAUCCAGGUAAUAUUCAUAAAACUGUUAAUUCAUUAGUUGAAGAAAAAAUAAGAGUUAAAAUUAUAGGUCUUUCAGCACAAGUUUCAAUAUGUAAAGAAAUUUGUAAAAAAACAAAUUUUGGUGAUGAAAAUAGUUAUAAUGUUAUAUUAAAUGAACAACAUUUUAAAGAAUUAUUUAUGGAUGCCGUGGUACCAUUACCAGUUAAUAAAAUUAAUAAGAGUUUUACAUUAGUUAAAAUGGGAUUCCCAUAUAGAAUAUCAGAAGAUUCUCCAUCAUUUUGUUCAUGUCAUUCAAAAUUAACUUAUGGUGGGUAUAUUUGUCCAAAUUGUAAAUCAAAAAUUUGUUCAUUACCUACAAUAUGUCCAUGUUGUAAUACAAUGUUAAUUUUAUCAACUCAUUUAGCUCGGUCAUAUCAUCAUUUAUUACCAUUGAAAAAUUUUAUUGAAGUCCCAGUGGAUAAAAAUUAUGAUGUUAAUUUAUGUUUUGGAUGUCAAAUGGAAUUACCUGAUGGGUUAAUUACUCAAACUUCAAGUUCUAGGUAUAAAUGUGUUGAUUGUAAUAAUCAGUUUUGUAUAGAUUGUGAUGUGUUUAUUCAUGAAACACUUCAUAAUUGUCCUGGAUGUGAAAAUUCAUAG